GGAAUGCCAGUGUUAGGGAUAUUUGGUUUUGACAGUUAAGACAAAUCGUAUCAGUGAGUGACAGAGUUUUAGUACAGCGGUGCCUGUUACGACCAGACACGAAUUGUCACAGAGUACGGCUCGGCCCUGAGGUAUACACAAAAUUGGUCUCUACACAUACGGCCCUACAUACAACACUACAGACUUAAAUGGAAGUCAAUAGGCCUCAAUCUCCCUGCCCCUUCAAUGGAAUAACAAUGACAUGCAUCAUUGCUCUGGACACGGGAUAUUUCGGGUCAUCUCUCGGGGCAGGUUUUAGGUAAUUACCUGUGUGUGGACACCUUGAUUCUGGGUGUAUCUACUUGAGUCCGGGUUAGGGAUAUGUUUGAAAGUCUACUGUCAUCAUACUAUCUAGAUUGGGGCUGUGAUUAUCACCUACUACUGUCUGCAUUAUCUUCUGACAGGCCAAAAGUUCAAUUGAUUCUUUGAUUUUAAUCAAGUUUCUGCGGAUGUGCUUCAGUGAUGCUGGGAUGUUAAAGUGGGUGAAUUUCGGUCGUAAACUUGAUCGCAGAAAUAUGUGGAAAAUGUACUGGUCAGUGGUGAUUGUGUUAUAGCUACAAGUUGAUGAGAGUGAACAGGUGUGAAUUCAUACAGGGAUUUGUCCAAACGAACACAGGGGCUUAAAUAUAUACAGCGCCUCCAGGAAAUAUUACCCAAAUAAGAUGUUUCAGAUGAAAUUUUGUUGGAUGUAAGAGUUCGAGACAGUUCUGUGUAUUGGGCUACCUGUACGAAUAUCUAUAUAUGUACACCGGAUUGCCAGCAGGUAUCGGCAUCAUGUACAGAUGCCUGCCAGAUGAAGUCAUUCCUGCAAUGGCGUACAGCAACACAGGGCGCCCGCAGGUGUGUCAACAGCCACCGGACCUUUGCUACCCCAGUAAGACUGUGUCUCUGGCAGCGCCCUGUACCACCUCCAAUGGGGUCAUGAAUGGCCACAUGCAUAACAUGCAUUACUCGUGUCCCCCCAUCACUUCGAUGGAUGGACAAGGAGGCUACGACAACCCAGCCAUGCAUCCGUUGCCAGACAGUCCCCCAGACUCGGAACCCUAUUCCCCUCCCGAUGGACACCGCAACCUUCAUGUGACAUCCUCGGAAAGCAAGUUUGGAAUUGUGAACUCUGCAAACACGAUGAACCAGCAUAUGUAUGGCCCGCCACACCACCGGCCACCAGGGGUGCCUCCAGGGAUGCCACCAGGGAUGUCGCCAGGGAUGCCGCCUAAAAUGUCCUCGGGGUAUAACGAGCCGCCAUCCUUGAACCAUCUCCUCCCAGUCUCGCACGUACCACCCCCCAUCCCUCCGUCCACUGUCACCUGUGCCACGCCCGUGCCCCUGCCUACCUCAUCGCAGAUGAACAACCCACAAGUCCUCUCCCCUCCUAACAUGAGCCCAAAUAUGCAUGGAAAUGCGUCUGCUAAGAAGAGGAAGUACCCAGAAAACACCGGUGCAAGUCUGACAAGUGCACUGUUCAAUACUAACAGAAACAACGGAUCAAUGAGCAUAAAACAGGAACCAAAUGCCGUUCCCGCCUCAGCGUUCCCGCCCUACAUGGUAGACUAUGAGGAUGACCAGUAUAGUAACUGUUACGACCCUGAAUCCAGUAACGGUUACCUUGAGAGUCAGUAUCAGGUCAUUAAAUGGCAGCCCUUCCAGGUACAGAAGUGGAACGUCCUCACAGACGCCAACCUCAAAGACCUGCCUCCCCCGCAGUACAGAGUCGACUCGGACAAAGGUUUUAAUUUUUCGGUGUCGGACGACUCCUUUGUUUGUCAGAAAAAAAAUCACUUCCAGGUAACAGUUCAUAUUGGAAUAGGCGCUGAACCCCGAUAUGUUCGGACGACGGAUGGGGUCAAGAAAAUUGAUUGUUUCUGUAUCCAUUUCCAUGGAGUGAAGCUCGAGUCCCAAAGCCAGUUGAUAAAAAUAGAACAGUCGCAAUCUGAUCGCACCAAGAAGAUGUUCCACCCGGUCAAGGUUGACCUGCUUCCGGACCAGACUAACAAAGUCACUGUUGGUCGGCUUCAUUUCAGCGAAACAACGUCUAACAACAUGAGGAAGAAAGGCCGGCCGAAUCCUGACCAGCGUUACUUCCAACUCUCGGUGACCCUCUGCGCUCACAGUGGAGAAAACAGCUAUAUGGUAGCUGCAAAUGCAUCGGAGCGUCUUAUUGUCAGAGCAUCCAAUCCUGGCCAGUUUGACAGUGACGUUGACGUGCUAUGGCAGAAGGCACAAACCCCCAACGGAGUUUACCACGAGGGUAGGGUUGGAAUCAACACUGACCAUUUAGACGAGGCGCUGACCGUUAAUGGCAAUAUAAAACUGACCGGUCGCAUUCUCCAGCCAUCAGAUAUCAGAGCUAAAGAGGACCUUAAGGAGAUGGACUCCAAGGACCAGCUCAAGAAGGUUUCCCAAAUGAAGAUUUACCAUUAUAACUACAGUCCAGACUUUGCCGAGAGUGCGGGAAUCCCGGAGGACAAGCGAGGAGAUACUGGAGUCAUCGCACAGGAAGUUAGGGAGGUCCUGCCUGAUGCUGUUAUGGAAACAGGCGAUGUCCUUCUACCAGGGGGUCAGAAAAUACAAAAUCUUCUCGUCGUAAAUAAGGAACGCAUAUUUAUGGAAAAUGUUGGAGCUGUAAAAGAACUUUGUAAACUAACAGACAACCUUGAGGUCAGAAUUGACGAGCUCGAGAAGAUGAAUACAAAAUUAUCCAAACUGAAACGAUUUGAUAGCAUCAAAUCAACAGUUAGCUCCAAGUCCAGCUGUAGCGUCAGUACCAUCAGUUCAAUGCCAAAAAGAACCUCCCAACGCCAUCCACAUCAUUCACGCUCCGUCCCUUACAAGGAGCACAAGUCUUCUAACGGGACCCCUCGGCCCGCCCCCACCUCGACAGACAGCCAAGGAUGGUGUAGUAAUCGGUUCAUACAGCUCACAAUCAUCACACUUAUACUCAUUAUGGCCUUCUGCCUAAUUGCCAUCACCAUUUUGUACAUAAUGGAGCGGAACAAAGAGUCGGGUAAUGUCACAAACAACCACAACUACAUCAAUUCUGCCACUCCCAGUCUCAACGCCGGGCACUCACAACCAAUCAGCGGGAAAAAUAUGUCCAGUCGUGGUCCAUUUGGGGUCAUCACCACGCCUGUACCGCCUGUUACAUCAGAGUCAGCGGUUGUGACUUCACAUAUGGUCACGCCUUCUUUUACGAGAUCACCACUGUUGAUCAUUCCUCCGUACCCGCAGUGUGACCCGAACACAACCUGUAACGAGAGACAGUGCUGUCCCCCUCCGAUACAGCAUGAUCAGGAAGGGCCGAUGUAUGUGCCCUGGACGCAUCAUAACAGGAACCAUGUUGAAAAUGAUGAUAUCCCUGCAACAGAUGCCGUACCUCAGUCUGUUGAUAACAACACACAGAGAAACAGUAGUAACCCGAGUUACCGCCUGAUCACAGACAACCCGGUAACACCCAGCCCAGUCACACCCCGCCCUUCACAACAGACUGGCAAUGCCCUGCCACAGGACAACACAGUACCAGUGACAGUGAAGCCCGUGGAUCAGCAACCUAAUGUGAUCGUCAACACCAUUGACGAGUCUAACACGGACACCCAGGGUUACAACUAUAACAACGGCGACACCAACAGUAACGAGGUCAAAGUGUCCCACAGACGUAAACGCUUCGUCACAACAGACCAGCUGAAGGCAACAGUUUUUCUUAAAGAGCUGAACUUUGAGUUUGACUCCAAGUUUUGCAGUAACUGUACGAAUACUAACAAGACCUACAUACUGAGGUUGAGCCAAUACUUUGGAUUUGAACCGGUUACCAUUAAGUUCAACCUUGAAACAGAUAUGACCGUUUCCAUGUGUUUAAAUGUUUCUGAAACAAGCUGCCUUGUGAAUCCUGGUCAGAUGGAAAUACAGCACGAGUCGGAAUAUGAGUGGAAGAUGCCUAUUGGGAGCUACUUUUACAGCGCCUUCCGCUUCAGGGUCACAUCCAGGGACCAGAAUUCUCCGUGCACACUUCGUCCCGAGGAUACAGCCAACCCCUUCAUAGAGUACAACCUAAACUUCGAGAGGACUUGUGACGACCGGUGAACUGUCUAAACAAGUGGUCGAUUAAUAGCUCAACACAUUCCGAUAUGAUGUUCUAGCUAUCGAGCGUGACGUAUUUAUGUUGACCAUGCUUGUAAAAGUUACAUUACGCUGCACCGACCACCAAUCUAACUAUUGUGAAUGUUCUAGGUCAAUGUAUACUGAUAUAAAUACCUUGAAGAUGACGUUCCUUGUAACAACUGAUUCAACGCCGAUAGACUGGUCCUCAGCAACAUGUAAGCGAUUUACUCGAAUUCACCGGAGGUCAUUCAGUGCAGCAGUAAGGCAGCCUUCAAACUUUUGUUUGUCAGGGGACAAUAAUACUUUCUUGUGGAUGCCCUAGAUAUUUAUUGUCAGAUUAUAUAUAUGUCAUUGUGGAUCAUGAACAAUAAACUAUAUUAGCAUCUGUGUCAUCUAAACAGAUGGCAUUCUAGGGGCCUUUGAACUGAUGAGGACCAAGAAUGGUUGAACCUGACCAGGCAUAAAAUUAUCCAUUAAGAAUUUUCUAGUGAGAUUGAUCAUUAAAGGUAUUUGACGCAAAAUCUUAUUUUUUCUCUGGG